GUGGCAAUCACCCGUUGAUUCUUUUCUACUAACCACAAAGAUAUUGGCACCCUGUAUUUAGUAUUUGGUGCCUGAGCAGGCAUAGUCGGCACAGCCCUCAGUCUACUGAUUCGUGCCGAACUAAGCCAACCCGGUGCCUUACUUGGCGAUGAUCAAAUCUAUAAUGUUAUCGUCACAGCCCACGCCUUUGUCAUGAUUUUCUUUAUAGUAAUACCCAUCAUAAUCGGCGGAUUCGGAAAUUGACUGGUCCCCCUGAUAAUCGGAGCUCCAGAUAUAGCCUUCCCUCGCAUGAAUAAUAUGAGUUUCUGGCUCCUACCCCCAUCCUUCCUUCUCCUUUUGGCCUCCUCUGGGGUAGAGGCCGGAGCCGGCACCGGGUGAACUGUCUACCCCCCUCUGGCAGGAAACCUAGCCCACGCAGGAGCCUCUGUAGACCUUACCAUCUUCUCCCUACACUUGGCUGGGGUGUCGUCUAUCCUAGGGGCUAUUAAUUUUAUCACUACGAUUAUCAACAUAAAACCUCCCGCAGUAUUUCAGUAUCAAACCCCCCUAUUCGUGUGAUCUGUACUAGUUACAGCUGUACUCCUCCUCCUAUCACUACCAGUUCUAGCUGCAGGAAUUACAAUACUGCUGACAGAUCGAAAUUUAAAUACCACAUUCUUUGACCCCGCCGGAGGGGGAGACCCCAUCCUGUAUCAGCACCUGUUCUGAUUCUUCGGCCACCCAGAAGUAUAUAUUCUAAUUUUACCUGGAUUUGGCAUGAUUUCCCACAUUGUAGCCUACUAUGCAGGUAAAAAAGAACCCUUUGGAUACAUAGGCAUGGUAUGGGCUAUAAUGGCUAUCGGCCUGCUAGGAUUUAUCGUGUGAGCCCACCACAUGUUUACAGUUGGAAUAGACGUAGACACACGGGCCUAUUUCACCUCCGCCACAAUAAUCAUUGCCAUCCCAACAGGGGUCAAAGUCUUUAGCUGAUUAGCCACCCUCCACGGCGGCUCAAUCAAAUGAGACACUCCCCUACUAUGAGCCCUAGGCUUUAUCUUCCUAUUUACAGUGGGAGGCUUAACAGGAAUUGUCUUAGCCAACUCAUCCCUAGACAUCGUGCUUCACGACACCUACUACGUUGUAGCACACUUUCACUACGUACUAUCAAUGGGGGCCGUAUUUGCUAUUAUAGGGGCUUUCGUUCACUGAUUCCCACUUUUCACAGGUUACACACUUCACAGCACCUGAUCUAAAAUCCACUUUGCUGUAAUGUUCGUAGGCGUCAAUUUAACAUUCUUCCCCCAACACUUCCUAGGCCUCGCAGGCAUACCCCGUCGAUACUCAGACUACCCCGACGCCUACGCCCUAUGAAACACUGUCUCCUCAGUUGGCUCAUUAAUCUCGCUUAUCGCUGUAAUUAUGUUCUUAUUCAUUCUUUGAGAAGCAUUCGCAGCUAAACGAGAAGUCCUAUCAGUCGAACUUACAGCCACAAAUGUUGAGUGACUUCAUGGCUGCCCACCUCCAUACCACACCUAUGAAGAACCUGCCUUCGUGCAAGUACAAUCAACCAACUAA